GAGCCGCCCGCGCUGGAGUCUCAUUAAAUGAUCACUAAAGGAGCCAUGGGGGCCACGGGCCCCUCCGUCCUCAUCAUCCAGUAUCUGAAGUCCUUGGGGAUUAAGAUCCGGCCUUUGAAGAAGUCCCUCAGUCUGGACGCUCAGAAGAAGAUGCCCCCCGACGGGUUGUUUGGGGUCCCGUUACAGUCCCUCCCAGUCAACAGCAAGGAGGGUGGUGUUCCACAGUUGGUGGUAGACAUUUGCCAGUUUCUCCGGAGCCAUCUCCGCACCGAGGGCCUCUUCCGGAAAUCCGGCUCCAUCAUUCGGAUCAAAGCUCUGAAGGCCCAGCUGGAGUCCGGCAAGGGCCGCUUGGAGUCGGCCCACCCUGGCGACGUGGCCUGUCUCCUCAAGCAGUUCUUCCGAGAGCUUCCUCAGCCCCUCAUCCCCCCGGAGCUGCAGGACCCCCUCUGCCAGAUCCAGGAGUGCGUGGCCGAGGGGCAGAAAGGGUCUGCCAGCACCCUGGUGACAUGUCUGCUGCCCGCCGUCCACGGGACCACCCUGCGCUACCUCUGCACCUUCCUGCAGGACGUGGCAUCGAGGAGCUUCGAGAACAGGAUGGAUUCUGGGAACUUGGCUCUGGUUUUGGCUCCAAAUCUGUUCUCCAACCACGGCUUGGGCGAGAAGCUGACAAUCGGUGCAGAGCGGCAGCUCCAGUUGCAGGCGUCUGUGAUGCAGACUCUGAUCGAGCACGCAGAGGGCAUAGGACGGACCCCGGCGUUUAUUUCGGAGAAAAUGACGUCUUUGUGCCCGGAUGCUGCGGGGGGCGAGGUGGAGACCCCUAAGGAAGGAGUGACUCGCAGGAGGCGGCGGCGCAGCAUGGGUGGGCUUGUUAACGAAGCGCUCAGCAAACUGAAAUCCGGACUGACGUCUUCCAGUGCCACCCCGGAGCGAGCCAGCCCCGAUGAGACGGAACAACCCCCGCGGAGCAAAGCCAAGCGCAAGGCGUCCGAGGACUCGGCGUGCGGAGAGCCGUGUAUGGCUAAGAAACGGAAAUCUUUGCUGGCCGUUCCGGAUGACGACCCGCCAUGCGCGGAUCCACGGCCGGUACCGGACCCUGCGUCCCCCCUGAGAGAUAAUGGGAUCGGAGGGGAUGUUUUCCUGGAGUUCCCCCCCAGUCCUGGCACCUUCCUGGAGCUGACGGCCGUGCCGCUGGAGGCUCCACUGACCCCUGAGCCUCCACUCAAAGGGCCACGGGCCAGGACCAAGAGGAAGGAGGGCAAGAGGGCCCAGAGGACCAGCCAGAUCUCUCUGUCUCCGGCGCACCUGGAGAGAAGGGAGAAGGUCCGGCAUUCCCUGCGCCUGUUCCAGAGGUCGCGGCCGGCCAAACACCCGACUCCGGAAGGGAAAAAUCCAGAAGAGAGCGGCUGGAAUCUGAUGAAGAGAAUCGUCGCCGAGGCUCUCGAGGGACCGAUCUUCAACGGGAGAGAACUUCGUGUCGCCGCCCUGUCUGUGAAGCCUGCAAACCGUGUUAACCCCUCGUGUGCUGACUUGUCCUCUUCUCGCUCCUCCUUGCAUUCUGCUGCCUCGUGGAAGUCCAUGGAGCGGGUGAGCGUGGAGCCGGAGUUGCCCCGCGGGAGGACGUGCCGGUCCAUGCGCCGCUCGCUGAGUAUGCCGGAGAACGUGGGGGAGUGUGCCGGUACCGGGGCUGAUGGGUGUCCGCUCUACGAGGAUGCCGCCGGCUCCAGCAGCGCAGAGUACAGGGUAGAAGGGGGCAGCCGGGAGGAGACCCCCGAGGAGAAGAUGCAUGGAGACGUCUGUGAAAUGUGCCCCCUGACCUCGCCCACUCAGGUCUUCUCCAUCCACAGUCAGUUGUCGUUGUCCUCGCUGCCCAGCAGCCCCCCACAUUUCGGCAGAAGCGGGGGCCACAUGGCGCAGUACCGAAGCGUGCGCAAACUGGUGCUCAGCUUUCCCUGGGCAUCUCGAGCGCCCGCCGAGGAUCCUCCGCAAAAGGACUCGAAACAGCCGGCCCCCCACACGAUCCGGCGGCAGGGGGCUCGGCGGUUCGGCCGGUCCCUGAGCCACGAGAGCGGGAUUGGCCUAACGGAGGAGACGGACGAGCGGAAAACUCCGGAACCCGGCGGAAAAGACCCCAAAACGUUAAGUGACAGAAACCGGCGAGUGUUCGUCAGCCGCAAAAAUAUCACCCUGAGCGGGGCGGGUCACCAGAGUCCGGAGGGGCCGGCAGACACCGCCGACCUUCCCAUGGAGCUCAGCCUCAGUCCGCCGACCGACUGCUUGUUGUUCCGGCAGGUGGGGGCAGCCAACCGGGGCCCGGAGUCUCCCAAAACUGCCCUCUGUUUGGAGCCAAGUUAG